AUGAGAAUCAGUAUUUUAAAAUAUCUUAUUUUUUCAAUUGUUAUUUGGUCUUUUGAAUAUCCAAAAAAUGAAUUAUACUAUGCAAAUGAAAGAACCAUCUGUUUUGAAAAUAAUAUAACAAAUUUUAGAAAUAAUAGGAUAUUAGCAGAUGCAGACAACCGAUUCGAUUUAAAUAGUUUUUAUGAAUCAACUUUGAGUCUUGCAAAUCAAUUUAAUGAGUACAAUGAUGAUGACGAAGAAAUAACAAAGCUUCGAAAUAUUAUAGAUUCACAUAUAAAUAAGCAUGAAGAAAGUAAUACAUUACCCGAUUUAAAAAAUUUAGAUAAAAAAACGAAAAAGUUAAUUCAUGGACUUCACAAAGAAAUAGAAGAAACAAAAAAAGAGCUUGAUAAUAUAAGGAAUAAUAAAUUAGCAAUAGAAUCGAUAGAAAAUAAUUCUGUAUCAGAAGAAGACUUUAAACAAUUGGAAAAUGAAAGAAAUAUCGUGGCGAAUGAGCAUCAUGAGAACGAUUCAAGUAUCGAAUAUGAAUUAAAAAAUAAACGAAAGUUAAAAAAAAUGAUCAAAGGGUUAAUGUUGAGGGUGGUGUUGUUGAUGGGGCUUAUUUUGGCGCUAUCGAUACCCGGAUGGAUUCAAAUUGUAUUUAUUAUUAUGAAUGUAGCGCUUUCAAUUGAAACAAUUAUUAGACUUUAUCAAUACAUUAAAUUAUGUUUUAAAGUAUAUAAAAUAUCCAAAAAAACAAAAACAUCAAAAUAG